UGUGCAAACGCUCCUUUUACAACAAAAAACUCUCAGAGUAAAACGACCGGUUCGUCUCCCGUUCUCGAAACACCAACGAGGUUUAGGGCUUGCUUUGCUCCCUUACUGAGAAGAAGCGAGAGAGAGAGAGAGAGAGAGAGAGAGAUCUAGAGGACGUGGUGGGGCGACCGUUGCAGGGCUUGCUACUUGACUGAGAAGAAGCAAAUAUUGGUGGGAGAACGGUGAGGAGCGACUGCAAACAAUGUGGGGGAGCAACUAUUACAGGUUCUUCUCAGUCAAGUAUACUUUCUGCUUAUUAGUAAUAAGUAUGGGUGACAUGUAAAGCAUUGUUCAACCUUACAAACAUGGGGAAUGCUGAGACUGAUACUCCAACAAAGACACCAAAGUCAUCUUCAGCACAGGAGCAGCCUCCUGCUAGCAGUACUGCCACUGUAUUCCCUGAUUGGGCUUCAUUUCAGGCUUAUUAUAAUUCUGCUGGAACCCCUCCGAUUCCCCCACCUGGGUUUUUCCAUUCUCCUGUUGCAUCCAGUCCUCAAGCUCAUCCAUACAUGUGGGGACAGCACAUAAUCCCUCCAUAUGGCACACCGCCACCACCAUAUGUUACCAUGUAUACACACGGGGGAGUAUAUGCCCAUCCAUCCAUCCCUCCGGGAUCCCAUCCAUAUGGCCCCUAUGCAGUGCCUUCCCCAAAUGGAAUGGCUGAAGCUUCUGUUCCUGGGGCUGCUGAUGGUAAACCUAGUGAACAUAAGAGCAAGAUUCCUGUAAGGAGAUCAAAAGGAAGCUCAGCAAACUUGGAUAUGCUUGCAAGCAAGAAUGACACAGGGAAAACAUCUGGAGCAUCUGCUAAUGGUGGCUUAUCACAGAGUGCUGAAAGUGGGAGUGAUGGUUCUAGUGAAGGAAGUGAUGCCAAUUCCCAAAAUGGUUCUCACCAAAAGCCAUCUGGUGAACAAGGUUCUGCUGAUGCUGGGACCCAGAAUGGAAGCACUGCGUGCAGUAUGUCAAGCAGGGUUACACGGACACCUCCGGCUCAGGCUAUGUUGAACCAAAGUAUGGUUAUGGCAAUGCCACCAGCUGCUGUAUCUGGUCCAACAACAAACUUAAACAUUGGCAUGGACUACUGGGGAGCAGCUGCACCCUCCUCUAGUGCUACAACUAGGGCGAAGCUCCCUGUCAUUCCUGCUUCAACAGCCAUAGUUUCCUCAAAUCAAAUUGGAUCUCGAGAUGGAAAUCCCGAAGCUUGGUUACAGGAUGAAAGAGAGCUUAAGAGGCAACGGAGGAAACAGUCAAACAGGGAAUCAGCACGGCGCUCAAGGCUCAGGAAACAGGCUGAGUGUGAAGAACUUGCCCACCGUGUGGAGACAUUAAAAGAGGAGAACAGUACACUUAGAGAAGAAUUGGAACGUUUACGGGAGGAAUGUGAGAAACUAGCAUCUGAGAAUGCCUCUCUUACUGAGAAACUUAAGAAAUAUCAGGGACAAGAGUCUGGAGCAGAUGACCUUAAUAGCAAUCCUGAUGCCGAACCCUUGAAGGCAUCUAACACAGAGUCAAUCAAAAGUGAUGGCUGAGAGAUGAUAAUUUAGCGUUCGAGCACUUCUGCAGCAAUGCAGCUUAGUUUUCAGAAGCUGACUACUUGUGUUUCUAGUAUGCCCUCUGUUGUCCUGUUCCUUUUUGUGCAGUACAGAUGUGGCUCAGUAGGCUUAGGUAAAAUGGGGAAUAGAAGGCGUAGCUCUACUUGUUGUUAUCAGAAAGAUCCAUCUGGUAAUGUAAUAUUAAAAGAUCUAGAGUUCUAGACAGGAAUUGUUAACACUAGAAUUUUCUUAUUUUUUUUUGUCUAGCUAGCAGCUUGAGGAACUGAAAAGGAAUUGUAAUAAAUUCUUCGAGUGACAUUUUAAACUCCUUGUAUGCAUGAAUUUCUUUAGAUGCGUAGAAUACAGGUUUUGGAUUUCCAGACACCGAUUCUGGAUUUUUUGUUUA